AAUUUACUCCCUCUCCGUCUGUAGCGCGCGGCGUUUCUUCGCAUCCCACUCUAUCCCAUCGAGACCUCUCCUUGCCCUCCUCAGCCAGUCGAGUUACACUCAGCGAACGCACAAGCACCGGCUAUCGCUCUCUCCGUCGCCUAUCUCCGCCAGCUCGUUUUCCGUCCCGUUUUUCACCCUCUUGCGUCCCAUCCUACUAUCCCUCUCACUCCAACGUGUUUAGCCUCCCGUCUGAUCCCUCUUUCACUCUACUCCCUCCACGUUCCACUCGCAACUCGACUGUCCUCGUCUCGCCACCGCACUCAACCAUUCUACCUCUCCGUUUUCGACUCCUCUCUCGUCUGUCGGUCUCGCUUCUCCCUCUCGCUCUCGGGAGUAACGCCGGUGUGUACUCCCGCUGUCACCUGAUCGCGGGACGCUUUUCGCGGGUGAGAUACCGCUCGGCCACCGAGUCAACCCAGUCUGUUGGCGCUCGCUCUUGCUCCGAUUCUUCCUUUUCGCUAUCUUUCUCUCUCUCUCUCUCCCUCCCUCUUUUCCUCCCUUUAUUUUUCUCACUCGUUCUGUCCGUCUGUCCUCAUUCUCUCUCUCUCUCUGAUCCUCUCGCUCACUCUGCCUUCCACUCCUCCUCUCUCCCCACCCCCGUGCAGCCUUCCUCUACUCUUCCACUGCCGCUCUUUCUCCUGCCGGCCGUCGUCGUCGUGGUCUUCCUUUACUCGCCUCGUUGCCGCGCGACGUCAACAUCGUCGGGCUGGUGGUUACCCGGUGGAAGACGAAAGCUGAGAAAAAAAGGAAAGCGAAGCACAGAAGAGUGGCCGCUACCAAGUACUCCGACGGCGCUCGUCCACGCGAGACCGGGUUGCGAGGACGAUCUCGCGCCUCUUCUUCCUCCUUUCACGGAUCUUCGCCGGCACAUCGGAAUCAUUCGGGGAGAGAGACAGAGAGAUAGAGAGGGAGGUGACACUUUCGGACAGACACGCGGCACGGAUCUCGCACACUCGGUGGACGCGCGCGGUAGACACGGAAGAGCCGCGUUGCGGAUCGGUGACAGUGCCAAGAGAUCUCGUUUUUUUUCCCCUCUUUCUCUUUUUUCGAUCUCCAUCUGGGCUCUUUGUCCCGAAAGCAGUUCCGUGAGUCGAACGCCGGUCUUUGCCCAGUGCGUGAGCGACCAUGUGUGUGAUCUCGAUGUGACAGUGUGAAGACGACGAUUCUCAAGGACGCAACAUCACCUUGCCGUGGCGUCAUCGUCGUUAUAAAGAAAAACGUCGAGUCAUUUCUUGGGCGAUACUUGAAUGAUAGACCAUCGUCGCCGGGAGUGACUUAUUGAAUCUCGUACGAACGUCGCAGUGUUACGAGUGCUCGUGGAUGAUCCCUGUAGUGUGAUCUUGUAUGAUCUUGUGAUUAAAGUGUGCUGAGUAGGGUCGAUGUGUUGGUCGCAGAAUAACGGUGAACAGUUCGGUUGCGACACGUAAACACGCACAGUAUGGCUAGCGCGAUAACGAUGGGUCUACGUCGCAGAGCACCGGUGAACAAUUCACCGACUCCGUCAAGCCAAUCACUGUCCACGACGACUGGAGCGUCGUCGAGCAAGCGCUCGAGAAGCGAGAACAACAACAGCCCGUCCCACGGCAAUUUGAACUCGAUGAACAACACUCGGGACGAGCCACCGACGAAGAAAUCUCGCGGGACUUCGACGAGCGGAGGGAAGAACAGUAGCUGUCCUACUUCCUCGACAUCCUCGAUCUCAACGACCACGAGUAUCUCAACCGACAGCCCGAUUUCGAAGAGUCGCGGAACUUCCGUUUCAAGAUCAGCUGCACAGACCAAAUCAUCGUCCACUUCGACGGCUGCCAACACGGCCUCCUCUUCGACGAGCGAUAUAUCGAACAGUUCCGUACUCUCGACUAGCUGGUCGACCACGUCGAACAUGUCGGACGUACCAUCGUACGCUUCCGUAACCGGGCUGGGCUUGACGGGCGGACAAACGGCCGGUCUGUGCGCCGGAAGCCUCGCCAUGCCACCUACUCCGAUUCCCUACAUGUCGACCACCAUGGCGACCUUCGUUGGCAACGCCACAAACCUCGGCAAGAGCUCGUCCGUUUCGUACCUCGACAUCUCCAACAUGACCGGUGGUUCCUUAGCCGCUUCCGGCGCCGCGAACUCGUUAAACGGCGGAUACGCGGCGAGCGGUACCGCCACAGUGGACACAAAGAGCGGAAUAGCGAUGUCCUAUUCGACGAUGUCAUCACCGAAUAUGAAUGGCAGCGCGUAUGGUAUGCAAAAGGGACAGGGCCCGAAGGGAGUCGACGGAGCCGCCGCGUCACCAAGGAAAUUUCAGAACGACGCCAUGUUCAACACUUAUCAGCCGUGGGUAAUCAAGACGUACGGUGAUCUUGCCAAGACUAAGACGAUCACCAUCAAGAAGUACGCGCGUAUUUUGCGGACUUUACGCGGCGAGGAAGUGAACAGCGCCGAAAAUAGCAAGUUCCGCUUCUGGGUCAAGAGCAAGGGCUUCCACAUCGGUCAGCCGGAAGGCUACGACGCGAAAGCGGCCGACAGGAUUAUCGGACGUCACGCCGUCACGAAUCCGGGCUUGGAUCCACCGCUCUACGUACCCACGCAGCUGCCGCACAACAAGGCGUUAAAUGGUGCCGAAGGUACAGUUCCACCUGGAAGAGUGUACAAAAAAGUCGCGAUUGUGGAGAAUUUCUUCGAUAUCAUCCACGCCGUUCAUGUUGAUCUCGAAGGACGUCCCGGGAAACAUGCUGGUCAAAAGCGCACCUAUAGAACGAUUACAGAGACGUAUGCAUCCCUGCCACGAGAAGCAGUAACGCGAUUUCUGCUAGGUUGUACAGAAUGUCAGCGGCGUCCGCGGACGCCUAGUCCAACGAACUUAUCUAAUCAGUCGCAGUCCACCCAGUCAGCGACGCUGGGGUCAACGUCAACCUCGCUGAAUCCCGGUAACGCCGCUCUUGCGACCUCGUCGUCGUCGACGACAUCUUCGUCGGUGCAAAAUAGCUCUAAGCCGCGUAACGGCGGCCAACAUGCGUCAUCGGAAGGCAAGAACUUGCACAACUACAGGCACCAAAAGCAGCAUAAGACCGGCGCUGGUAGCGCCGCUGCAGACUCGAAACUCGACAAGGACAAAGACGAGAAGUACAAUCCACUAAGUAUUACGAACUUAUUGAAGAAGGACCCGGUGAACGGUGGUUAUCUCGCGAGUUCGGACGCUUUGCCGGAAUCGAGGAGAACGCCAGAAUCGGAUCGGGCGAGUUCGAAGAGCUCGGCGUCGUCAAAGAGAAAACGGAUGCUGCCGGAAGGACGGACACCAUCGCCGCAACCCAGCCAGCCGUUGCCGAGGCCAUGGAGCCCCGGGCUGGACCCCAAGAACACGCCCAUCGACUACAGCUUACCUAUCACCACCUCGUAUUUGAAGCAUCAGCAAAGACUGCUCCAGGAGAAGAACAAGGCAGCCGCUCCUAAUGUGCUGAGAGAGCCUGAAACAAUGGAAUCGAAUGCCGUCACGACGCCGCUCGUCGUGGAGACCGAGAGCGUCGAGAGGGAGAGAUUUUCACCAGCGACUGGUCUGAUCGACACGAACCUCAAUCUACUGGCGACCAUCCAGCAUCUGCACUGCCAAGUGAUGUUGGCGCUGACUGAACGAUUGAGACCGUCGUUCGCUGUGCCGAGCCCUUUAGUUUUGCCACCGGCAUCGACUAACGUUUUGGCGGGUACGAUGAUGAUGGGCACGGAAGUUUCGGUUCAAACAGGAGAGAAUCAUUCGUGAAUUAAUCGGUAUGGAGAGAAAGAGAAUGACCGAUUUUUAUAGUGACUUUCUUAGGAGGUGCGUAAGAGGCAAUAUAUGAUUAUCAAGAAACAGAUUAAUAUUUCCGCGAACAGAAUUAUAAUUCCCAUCGAUAAUACUGCCUGAAAGUCUUGCGUAUAUCGAGAUUAUAUAUUCAUUAUAGACAAGCGUUCGCGAUAAAAAGAUUAAGCCAAUUAGACAACGGAAGUUUGUAUUUAACAAAAAGUUAAAAUUCGACCGCCUCAUUUGCGAUUUUUGUCGCAGUCACGCGGUUACAGUUGAGGCUCCGCAUACAAAAUGUCGAUCGCGGUCACUCUUCAUCUUUAAUUCGUUUCCUAAAUACGGUAUCCGUUUGUUGAUGUGCGCGAUUGCGAAUACAGCGACGAGCUGCUCACCAUCCCCGUUUUUGGUCGAGAAGCGAAACGACAGAUAAACGCAAUUACAUAUUGAACCGGACGGGAUCGAUUAUUGUCGUCGAUGCUCGUGUCACAUAUUUCAUCCGAUCAGGCCGACCAGCCUGACGCUUGCUUGCGUCCGACGUCACCCGAUAUAGACGACGGGCCAAGCGAGCAGAAUAAUUCCCCAAGUCUGUCGAAAUACGGGUCGAUGUGUCAGGGAUUCGCGCUUUCUGUGUCCGAUAUUUAGAAAUCCGUUACGCGGAGAGCGGAUCGCGAUCCGGCCGCCGCCGGAUUCGACUCGGUUCCAAAAUCGAUCCAUCCAGACGGGGCAAAAGCGACAGUCCGCGCGACGACACCGCGAAGGUCCUGAAUAUUCAACGAGCCAGCGAGAUGGGGGGAGGGGGGGGGGAGUCCGAGGGGAAAAGAGAGGGAUGGAGAAGGAGAUCCGAUUUCUCGUUUUCGAGUGUCAUCCGAUGAAUCUGACAACAUUCAGCGUCGUUGUCGACCUGACAAAUUGUCUUUCAUCUUUUAAGCGCGACGAUUCGCUCCGACUAAUUAUAACGUGUACCAAAAUGGUCAAUUGAUGCUCCAGAUGAAUGAUGAAUUUUUGUAUUUUAUCGUCUUCCCGUAGUGAGAAUAUCUCGGCGCUAAUAAUUUCUGUGUUAUAAAUCAUAAAAACAGAUUACGCAAGUUAAGCUUCGGAGCGAUAAAUAAGUAAUGUAACAUUACCUGUCGAUAUUGUUCAAUCUUUCAGAGGAUGAACUUUCUUUUAACAGAAUUUUAUUUAAGGCUCGUUGGAGGAAAAGAGAGAAAACUUUUCUGGGGGAACAUGCUUGUCGAGUUUGAAGAAACUUGUUUCGUCUUUUUGUCUGUUUAAGCGAUGUAAUACCCUCUCAAUCUCGGACGGUAUGAAUUAAUGUCGAUUAAUACGCGAUCGAGUAACAUCUCAUUGACAAGGAAAGAACUGGCUGCAUCUAGUCGGCACCUUAUUCUAUCUUUUUAAUCGUAAUAAUAUCGCGUGUAAUUACACGCAUUAAGGGGAUAUCCAAGGCGAAUCUGGACGCGCGACUCGUCUUGUAACAUUUCGCCGAACCGGUAUUAUCUGCGAGCCACAAACUUCUCUUAUAUUGUACUAAUUGUCGUGUUAUUGCCAUUAUUAACGCAGCGACGAUACUUUUUGACGAUACCGCGCCGCGAUUGCUUGAUUGGAUACAUUAUUUCAGAUAAGAAACUGAAUGUAUUUUUAAUUAAACAUAUUUUAUAUCUGUUUU